AUGUACAUCAAUGUCUUCUCCCUAAUUUUCGACGAGUUCCUCGAUAUGCCCAAAGCGAAGAAACGCAAGGCUCCGAUUACGAACAAUGUCAUUGUUGAUCCUUCUUCCAGCAAGCCCCAAGCCAGCAGAACUUUGAUCCGACGAUUUCACGUUCUCUUGAAGAAGAAAGCUCAACUUGAACACCAACUCAGUAAUGGCGACGAGGUUAAGCUGGCUCUUACGGAAGUGGAAAAUGAGAUAGAGGAGCUUGGCGGAUUGGAGGCGUACCAACGCAUGUCGAGCAUCGGCCAGGGGAACGACCGUGGAGGGGGAAGCGAGAAGUAUCUAAUAUCGUGGUUGAAAGAGAUGAAGGUCCAUGAGACUUGUCAGAGACAUAGAUUACUUGAGGUUGGUGCACUCAAGCCCGACAAUUAUCGUUCUUGUACUUCGUGGAUCGAUGCCACUCCUAUGGAUCUGAAGUCAAGACAUCCUGACAUCAUUGAGCAGGACUUCCUGGCAUUGGAUCAAUGUAGUCACCGAGGGAAAUGGGGCACCAUCAGCUUGAGCUUGGUCUUGAACUUCGUGCCCGAAGCCAGUGAUCGUGGGCGAAUGCUUCGUUACGCGCACAACAUGCUGAACGAAGGGGGAUAUCUAUUUCUAGCUCUGCCACUUCCUUGCGUUGAGAAUUCGCGGUAUCUCACAUUCGAGCAUCUCCGACUCCUCAUGAGCUCAAUAGGCUUCAAUGAACUCAAGUCGCGGUGGAAACACGGUGGCAAAAUGGUGUACUAUUUGUACGAGAAGACCUCGCCCGUUCGAACAGAGACUGACUUCUCAAAGAAGCAAAUACUGCGAUCGGGGAAUAGGAAUAAUUUUGUUAUCUUAAUACGAGAUUAG